UAUUACACUUGUUGUGUUCAUAUAUGUUAGACUGUGUGUAUGUAUUUAUUUAAUCUUCAUGGUUGGAUAUCUCCUGGGAUAUUAUACAGUAUGUAAAGAUUUUUAUAAGGUCAAUAUAUAUGUGAGAUGCUGGUGUGUUUACAUACUGGAACGUUUGGUUUGUUGGUGUUUAAUGUGUCUGAAUAAUUCCACAGAGGUCAUAUGGGUCAAAUAAUGGGAUUGAAAAUAAAAUUAUUCAUUCAUUAAUGUACCCUCAACCACCAUCAUCAUCGUCAUGUCGCAGACAGAGAGAGAGAGAUAGAAAGAGGAAGAGGAAGGAAUGUUAACUUAAAUCAUCGUCAGCUUCCUGAUUGAUCAGACAGACAUACAGAGGCAAUUCUCUGAUAGUUUGAUGAUUUUCUGCAUCAGGAUCAAACUCAGAAUGAAUAUCCACCAUGUUCUGUUCUUCUGCUUCUUAUCAGCACUGCAGGAUGGAAACACUGGACUCGUCAAUGCAAUAAACCUUUUUGCUGGAGCUGAAGGAGGAAGUGGUUCACUUAUUUGCCACUUCACUUCAUCUGGAAGCAUCAAGUUCUUCUGUAAAGGAGAAUGUAAAGAAGAAGACAUUCUCAUUAAAACAGAUGGUGUCACAGCUCAGAGUGGCAGAUACAGCAUCAGAUAUAAAGACGGAUCUUCUGGAAGAAGAACUGUGACUGUGUACAUCACACAGCUGACCAAGUCAGACUCAAGACGGUACAGAUUUGGUUUGGGUGGAUCUUCAGUCCCAGAUUCUUACUGUGACUUUGACAUCACAGUUACAGAUGGAGCAACAUUGGGUCAAAACACUAGUUUCGUCCAUGCAGAAACAGAGGGAGGAAAUGUCACAUAUCCAUGCAAGGAUACUGUCUACGGGAGCAGGAAGUUCUUCUGUAAGGAUGAAUGUAAAAGAGAAGAAGACAUCUUGGUUGAAACAGAAGAGAACAGAGCUCAGAAUGGCAGAUACAGCAUUGAAUAUACAAAAGGAUCUGUAUAUGGACUCCAUGUGACCAUCACACAGCUGAAGAAGUCAGACACAGGACGGUACAGGUGUGGUUACGGCAGAGCUUUGUCAACAAAUUCAUCUGACAGGUUCCCGAUCUUUGUUGUAAAUGCUACAACCACUUCAGAACCAAACUGGAUCACACCUUCAUCAUCUUUCCCUGAAACCUCAGAGCAGUUUACAGCCGUCUCUGAGGUCUCUCGCCCAGGUUACUCCUGGCCUCUGGUUGUAUGUGUGCCUGUGAUUGUUGUGCUGUUGGCUGUUGUUCUGCUGCUCCUCUACAAACUGAAGAUGAAGAGGGACUCUGGUUUGAACACCAGAGGAACCUCAGACAGCAGUAACAUGGAGUUAUGUGUCAGCUAUGAUCGCCAUCAUCUAGUCUCCACGUAUGAAGACGUCUACUAGAGCCUGGAUGCAGCUGAGACCAAACCUACUCUACACUCACAGAGGCAGUAAACACAUGAUAAUGUUUGGAUUUGGACCUGAAUUCUUUACUAUGCUUUCACCUCAUGGCUUGGUUUUUACUCUGAUAUGCAUUGUAAGCUGUGAGACCUUAUGAGACUUGUGUGUUCCUUUCCAAAUCAUGUCCAAUCAAUUGAAUUUACCACAGGUGGACUCCAAUCAAGGUGUAGAAACAUCUCAAAGAUGAUCAAGUGUCAUAGCAAAGGCUAUGAAUACUUAUGUCAAUGUGAUUUUUCAGUUUUUCCUUUUUAAUUAAUUUACAAAAAAUUCUACAAUUCUGUCUUCACUUUGUCAGUAUGGGGUAUUGAAUGUGGACUGAUGAGGGAAAAAAUGAAUUUAAAUGAUUUUAACAUAAGUCUGCAACAUAACAAAAUGUGAAAAACUGAAGGACUGAAUACUUUAAUGCAUUGUAUAUAUGAUUUUAUUUAAAAUAAAUAAAUAAAUAAAAUAUUCCAAAGUACGACAGCUGCCAUACCUCAGUUGACGCCUAUGAUGCCAAAUGUUCUAGUCUUUGAUUUAAAGAUUGAUAUUGAUAAUUGCAUUUUAUUGACUAAUUUUCACUUGUUGCAAUACUAAAGAAUAAUUUCAAUUCAGAUCAUUUCAAUUUACAUCUUGAUUUUACCCUUUUAGGUUUUCCAUUGUUUCAAUUUUAAUAAUCGAUUGAUUGAUUCAGCACUGAGUGAAAUUUUACACAUUUUUAUGCUAUUGAUUAACAUUUUGAUACUGCUUGAUUUGACCUUUGACAUCUCUAGAGUUUUGACACAUGUGCAGACGUGUAUUAAAUACUUAAUA